CUUUUUUUUUCCGGGCCUGAAAAAAAGGAAGCAAAAACCUCCGUAUGCAAGUGGCAGGGAAUGUUGGCAAUCCUCAGCCGCCGACUUUUGACCCAACCAGGACACAAAGUAAACAUCCAACCUCCUGCGCCAUGGUUCAGAUCAUGAUCCCCGCAUGGACGGACCCUGUCGGCGCAAAAGUUUGGUUGGAUCGGUGGGGUUCUUUUCGCUCCCACCGUUUCUUCUCUCUGGUUUCCUUUCAUCAUGUCGGAGGGCGGCUGGCUCCGUGAUUUAAUUGCUACACGUUGAUACCAUUUACUGGGUUCUUCGUUGCUGGGAUCAUGGAUCAAAGAAAUGCGUAGACGCGCUGCGAGUCAACAAUCUCUUUGUGCAAUAGCCGCCCACUGUGUGCGCCAUGUGGAUUCGAUGCAUCAUUGGUUACACAUGACGACUACUAAUAGUCAAUAGUAUGCGC